GCAGCAGCCUCGAUGUUUGAUCUCCAAGCCUGCACUUUACACUCUCGGAGUCCGCCGCCACCCGCGCUCAACCGUGCAGGAAACUCGUCUAACCUCCCCCAAUUCAACCGGUAACGAAUCGGAGAACCGAAAAUGGUCAAACCUCUCACCUUCAAAGGAGACAAGAAAACGAAGAAGAGGAAGCGCCCCGCCGCCAACGUCGAUGCCGCCCCAUCGUCCGCCGCCCUGCCGCCGACCAGCUCAACCGGAGGAGGGCUCGCAGCCGCCCGCCAAGAACCGGAUGAUGACGACAGCUGGGUCUCCGCCGAGGUUGUCACCGACAUUGUCGGCCCCAUCAUGAUCGUGCUCCCGACAGAAACCCCGUCUGCCCUAGCCAGCGACUCCCGCGGCAAGGUCUUCACCCUGCCGAUCGAGAACAUAGUGGAUGGGAACCCGGAAACGGCAGAGCCGCAUGACGUGCGUCAGGUCUGGGUCGCCAACAAGGUCGCCGGGACCGACCAGUUUCGGCUGAAAGGCCAUCAUGGGAAGUUCCUCAGCUGCGACAAGGAAGGCGUGUUAUCGGCCUCCUCGGAAGCCGUCACCGCUCUCGAGUCCUUCAACAUCUUUCGCACACCAGACACGCCCGGAACGUUCCAGGUACAGACCCUGCGCGACACAUUCUUCGGCAUUCGCGAGGCACCGGCGGCCGCCAGGACAUCGCCCGCGGAGGUCGUCGGCGACGCAGAUGGCAUUUCAUUCCAUACCACGUUCCGGAUCCGCAUGCAGGCGCGGUUCAAACCGAAGCUCAAGAUGGCCAAGGAGGAGAAGGCGAAGGAAAAGAUCACCCGCAAAGAGCUCGAAGAGGCGGCCGGUCGGAAGCUGGAGGACGAUGAGGUGAAAAGGUUGAAGAAGGCGAGGAGAGAAGGGGAUUAUCACGAACAGUUGUUGAUGGUGAGAAUUAAAGGGAAGCACGACAAGUUCGGAUAGUUGAAAAACAAAGAAAACAAAUCGGUACAUAUGGCGAGUAUGGGCAGACGUACCAGGACCGAGGCAAAAUGAAUGAUACCCAACUUUGGAAAUAUAACGGAUGGUGGGACAAGUACGGAUGCGGUUUGCUCUGCGCUUUGUUCACCGGAUUCGCGAGAAAUCAUGUCUUAUUCGCACCGCUCGUCAUGAUCAGGAGAAACGCUAAAAGGGGUAUCUUUUGGUCGUUCAAUUCG